AUCCAUUAGUUGAGUCUCCUCCGUGGCCCUGGUUCUUGGGUGAACCCCCUCCUUACCUUCUCCUCAUGUUUCAGGUUGGCUACUUGGGGAACCAUGAGUGACUGGAGGGGCUGGCUGCCCCCCAGGGGAUCCAGUCUCCCCAUUCCCACCAGUACAGACUCGCUUCAGGUGGUCGGUGAGCCUCCACCAGGACCCGUGUGGUGUCCAGUCCGGCCCCCGUCGUGUGACCGGGCCCCCUCCUGCUCGGCUCUGCUGGAGCUCCUCAGACCUCAGCUAAGAUCACAGCAGCUCCACGUUUACCUUCAGCCCCGGCCGUUUGAUUCCCUACGUCCUCUCAGACGUCCAGCUGAGCUCCCGGAGGGAACACACACAGAGCGUCGGCCUGGUGGUGCGACAGGAACGGCAGCAGUGAACAAACACCCGGACCAGACCCAGAACCAGACCUAUACACAGACCCAGCCCUGGGCCAGACCCGGGCCAGACCAGACCCAUACACUGGCCCAGCUCAGUGCCAGACCCGGGCCAGACCCGGGCCAGACCAGACCCAUACACAGACCCAGCUCAGUGCCAGACGCGGACCAGACCAGACCCAUACACAGACCCAGCUCAGUGCCAGACCCGGGCCAGACCAGACCCAUACACAGACCCAGCUCAGUGCCAGACCUGGGCCAGACCCGGGCCAAACCAGACCCAUACACAGACCCAGCUCAGUGCCAGACCUGGGCCAGAGCAGAGCCUGACCCUCUCUGGAUGUGGGCUCCUAACGAUGCCUCAGAGGUGUCCUGUCCUCCUCUGGUGGUCCACACACUUUGUUACAUUCUUGUUCCGUGCAAAUGGUGACGUAUCCGUUGGACACCUCCACAUCACCAUUUGAUGAGCUGAGCGUCGACAGUUGGAUGAAACAUUCCUCAAGUGGUUAGAAAAACUAUUGGUUCAGCAGCUGACGACCAGGAGGCGUCACCUUAAACCACGUCUGAGUGGAUGCUUCAAAACAGGGACAUUAAAAUGUGAUUUAAACAGAGUUAAAGCUGCAGUGGAUUCACUUCAGUGUUUUGCUGGUUUUGCUGGUUUGAUUCAUUCGGUGGUUUUCUACAUCUUCACACCCCGAUGUUACGACUCACUGCUUUAAACCUCCCAGGCUGUUUAUCUGUUUGACACGUUGCAGUGUCACACUGGUCCUUUCCGUCCAGUAAGUCAUCAGUCGCUGAACCUCUGGUAUUUACUCAUAUUUAUUCUGAGGAAUUUACUGUUCCCAGGUUUUGUGUGUGCCUGAUCUGUCAUUUCAUUUCCUGGACAGUUUUUAUAAAAAUUUGCUUCUCAUCA